CGGGCGAGCGGCACUCGGGCACCGCACGCUCUGGGCCAGCCGCUGCCAGUCCGUCCGCCAGCCGGGGCCAUGGGCUGCGACGGCCGCUUGUCCGGGCUGCUCCGCCGCAACCUGCAGCCCACGCUCACCUACUGGAGCGUCUUCUUGAGCUUCGGCCUGUGCAUCGCCUUCCUGGGCCCCACGCUGCUGGACCUGCGCUGCCAGACACACAGCUCGCUGUCCCAGAUCUCCUGGGUCUUUUUCUCGCAGCAGCUCUGCCUCCUGCUGGGAAGCAUCAUCGGGGGCGUCUUCAAGCGGACCCUGGCCCAGUCCCUGUGGGCGCUCUUCACCUCUUCUCUGACCAUCUCCCUGGUGUUCGCUGUCAUCCCCUUCUGCCGCGAUGUGAAGGUGCUGGCCACUGUCAUGGCGCUGGCAGGCCUGGCCAUGGGCUGCAUCGACACCGUGGCCAACAUGCAGUUGGUGAGGAUCUACCAGAAGGACUCGGCCAUCUUCCUCCAGGUUCUUCAUUUUUUUGUGGGUUUUGGGGCUCUGCUAAGCCCCCUUAUCGCUGACCCCUUCCUUUCGGAGGAUGACUGCUUGCCUGCCAAUGCCACAGCCAACGCCACUUCCAGCAGCCACCUCUUCCAUGCCUCCAGGGUCCUGAGCCACCGGUCUUGGUCGAACGGGACGCUCCCUGGGCUGUCCACGCCAGACCGAGCAGGAACCCGCGUGUCCUACGCCUUCUGGAUCAUGGCCCUGAUCAACGUUCAUAGGACGGUGAUGAAUGGAAGCAAAGCUUCUUUGGAAACAAGUCUGUCUCUGGCACCUUUCCUGUGCCCACGGAGAUCCUGUCUCCCGGUGCCCAUGGCCGUGCUGUUCCUGCUGUCCAAAGAGCGGCUGGUGGCCUGCUGCCCCCAGAGGAGGCCACUGCUCCUGUCUGCAGAUGAGCUCGCCCUGGAGACACAGCCUCCUGAGAAGGAAGACGCUUCCUCGCUGCCCCCAAAGAUUCAGUCACACCCAGCACAUGAAGACCUGUUCAGCUGCUGCCAGAGGAAGAACUUCAAAGGAGCCUCUUACUCCUUCUUCGCCAUCCACAUCGUAGCUGCCCUGGUCCUGUUCAUGAUGGAUGGGAUCACGGGGGUGUAUUCUACCUUCGUGUACAGCUAUGCUGUGGAGAAGCCGCUGUCUGUCGGACACAAGGUGGCCGGUUACCUCCCCAGCCUCUUCUGGGGCUUCAUCACCCUGGGUCACCUUGUCUCCAUUCCCAUCUCCUCCAGGAUGAAGCCAGCCACCAUGGUGUGCAUCAACGUGGUUGGCGUGGUGGUGACGUACCUGGUGCUUCUUGCUUUCUCCUACAAUGUCAUCUUCCUGUUUGUGGGGACAGCCAGUCUGGGGCUGUUCCUUAGCAGCACCUUCCCCAGCAUGCUCGCCUACACGGAGGACGCUCUGCAGUACAAAGGCUGUGCCACCACAGUGCUGGUGACAGGGGCGGGAAUUGGCGAGAUGGCCCUCCAGAUGCUGGUUGGUUGGGUGUUCCAGGCUCAGGGCAGCUACAGUUUCCUGGUCUGUGGCGUGAUCUUUGGCUGCUUGGCUUUUGCCUUCUACAUCUUGCUGCUGUUUUUCCACAGGAUGCACCCUGGCCUCUCAUCAGUUCUCACCCAGGACAAAGCACUUGGAAUGGAAAGCUCAGAGUGCUACCAGAGGUAAAAGUGGGUGAAGGAGGCAGGCGAAGGCAUCUGGCUCCUGGAGCACCAGCAGAGACCGAAGUGCGAGGGAUGCUGGGCCAGCAGCGGAGCAGCGUCCGACGCCUGGGCCGGGACUUCUCCACAAUGAGUGCUCGCAGAGAAGAAAUUAAACUGGGUUCUGGCCCCUGGGUCCUCCCUGGGCAAAUCAUUAGAGGUUUACCUGGCUACUCAAGUUCCUUUCCUCUUCCCUGGUUCUGACUUGUGGUCAGAGCUGUUUGCCCGGGAAGGAGGCAGAGAGUCACCUGCUCCACUCCACUGGCUGUCUCCUGUAUGGACCACACUCUGCGUCUGAAGGUCACUCUUAGUUGAAUUUGAAAAUAUAGGUUGAAAUUAUAAAGCUCGGUGAUCAUUGCUGUAUGUAGAUGCAUUUUAAUUGAAACAAAUCCAUGGCAUGCUCACAGGGUUUAUGUGCUUUGUAUUUAUUAAUAGUCCAAAGUCCCUCAAAUUCCUGCUGCUGACAUCAGUAGUUUGUCCACAGUCUAAAAAGCAAAAGGAAAAGUUGAAUCUUGCUGUCUUUGGGACACGAAUUCAGUGAUAUGCUGGGCUAGCCCCCACCAGCUUAUAAAAGCUGAUUGUUAAACUUUUAAGAGCUAUUUGUUAAAUACAGCCAUUAUUUAAAUUAAAUUAUAGAAACUUAAAAUACAUGAAAAACAAAGGGAACGGCUACUCAAAACUCAUCACUUCCUAAUCCUUCUAUGCCUGUGUUCUUGAAGUGCUGUAUGAUGUUGUCUCCGUGUGGCGGACACGCGAUGGGAAGGAGCGCUGCUGGGCAUCUUUCGGGCUCCACUCUCAGUGGCAAGGUGUUGGUGGCUUGAGAUCAGCCAUGCUGGGAGUGUUUGCACCACGGCAAUUGGCAAAAGCUACAAAUCCUGGCUAGUCUCACCCGGAGAGCCAAGUGUUAAACAUUUGCCAGCAUGCCACUGCUAGUAAUCAGUGCUGACUGGCCCAAAAGUUGCCUGGAAGACUGAGAUGGAUGUUCUGUUUUUCUUUACUGACAUUGACUAGCUUAUAGAAGGUGUAGAAACAGCACUAGGGAUUUCUCAAAAAUAUCUAAUUUGAACUUACAUCUUCUAUAGAGAAAAACAACUCUUCACUGGCAUACCUCAGGGAUAUUGCGGGUUCCAUUCCAGACCAUCACAACAAAGCGAGUAUCGCAAUAAAAUGAGUUGUCAUCUUUUUGCUUUCAAUUUGUAAAAAAUGCAACAUCUGUGAAAUGCAAUAAAGCGGGUCACAAUGAAACGAG